AACCGAUCUCAUUAGGUACGGUACCCACCACAGCAACACAAGUCUCGCCACACCAAACGAUGCCAAUCCCACCGUUCCUCUCUAAAGCUGCCCAGCUUCUGUGGCUCGCCGCUCUCCCCCCGAUGGCAACUGCCGCCGACGACUCGCUCCUUUCGGUCUACGAAAGCAUGUCCGUCGAAGUCGAUUCGAGCGACUACGUCAUCCACGAUCCCUCCCGGAUCAUCACCGUCGGCAACACGCAGAUGAUUGCCGUCACCGGCAAGGCCCAGGAGGACGGCUACGACUGUGGCCUGGAGACCUGGUGGAGGAACCCCMAAACCGACGGCGGCGGAUGGAGGCCCGGCCAGUGCCUCUUUCGGAAGCAGRACAARCCCUCCUGGGUGGCCGUGGAGGCACCCGCGAACGACGGUGCCUUCUGGGCACCCGAACUCGACUACGACGAAGAAAACGGGACCCUCACCCUCCUCUACAGCGUCUCCGAAAUGGACGAAGGGGAAUUCUUCCCCAACACCUGCGUCGGGGUGGCGGUUUCCGUGGACGGCCUACAGGGUUUCCCGAACGAGCUCACCUGGGAGGAUGCCGGGAAGCCGGUGAUGUGCAUCACCGGCUCCGAUUACGAGGAAGAACGGAGCGCCAUCGAUCCGAGCGUCUUUUGGGGUUUUGGAGACGACGAAAAMAGGCUGUUCCUGGUCACCGGCGGCGGGCGGAUCAUUGGCACCGAGCUGGAUCCCGCAACCUAUAUGCAGAAAGACGGAGAAUGGUUCGAUCUAGACCGAGACGACUGGACCGAGCUCUCCACCGGUCCAAGGYGGGAAGACGACACCUGGGUCGAGGCGGCCUUUGUUCAUCCAAAUCCCCAGACCGGCCACUACUAUCUCUUUGUCAACUGGGGAAGCUGCUGCAGUGGCGUCGAUUCGACCUACGAGAUCCGCGUCGGCCGAUCGAGAAAUCCCAUGGGCCCCUAUGUGGACAAGAAAGGACAACCUAUGAUGGAGGGCGGGGGGACCCUCUUCCAAAAGAGCAGCAAGCGCGGGYUUGUCGUCGGACCCGGCCACACGGGCAUCUGGAAAAAGAACCACAAGAAGGAGUUCGUCAGCUUCCACUACUACGACAAGCGGAGGGGUGGCGCCGCGUGGAUUGCCGAAAAGAGGCUCAGGUGGAAGAGAAACGGCUGGCCAAAAGCCGUUGGAAGGUACCUCCGAGCGUAUCCSUGGAACUCGGACKACUAGCUAGUGGGGGAACAAUCGUCCUCGAACUAAGCACACRGUG